AUGGAUUCAAUGCCGGCAGAACUGGGGAAUAAACCUAAAUUGUCCUUUGAAGGGCAUGAAAACCAACUAGAGCAACCCAUUCGAUUAUUGGCGGAUGAAAGUAACAAAGAAAACGUGCAUUCUCUGGAAAGCGAUGGUGAAAAUAUCGAUAGGAACCAACCUUUAUAUAAGCGGGCCAGGAUGGAAUAUUCUUCUCCGGAGAAGAUAGAAAUGCUCAACAGUUUGUCUCCUAUAAAGCUUUAUACAGAAGGGGAAGAUAUUGCGGAUACAGAUGCAAAGAGAAACGUUGCAGUCGAAUUGGAGGAGGCUAUGAAGAGCUUACAAAAAGAGGACAAUGAGGAGGAAGAAGAAGAAGAAGCAUUUGCCAAACUCGAGAAUAGUUAUAACAGGUCUUCUGCGAUAAGAUCACCAUCUCAAUCAGAUAAACAUACUAAUUCAAAGGAAACAGAUAGUGCUUUCCAUGAAACUAUGUCACCAAUCCUGGUGAAGAGACAAGAGGAAUUAUAUGAUAAUACACGUUCUAAUGACGAGUGGGAGGCUAAAUUCGAGAACUUGUUUGAAGAGAUCCACAAAAAGAGUGAAGAUAUAAGGCAAUUAACUGCACAGACUGCUGUGUUGAAGGAUAAACUUAUACGAGAAGAACGUAUAGUUCAAGAGCAGAAGUUACAUCUCAUAAAACAAGAAAGAGAAUGCUCGAAUUUAAAGGAGCAGCUACGUUCUUUUCACAGCUUAGAAACAGAGCAUGAAAAUAUAAGCAAAAAAUUUGAAGCCUGCAAACAAAAGCUUAAAGAAGUCAAGAUAGAACUUUCUAUGACGAACCAGAACAACCAAAUUCUAAGCGAAAAAUUCGAGAAAGAAUAUGCUAAGUUUGCUGAAAAUGAAAAUCUUGUAAAUGAGUGGAAAGACAAGUAUAACUCCGUUUCCAGCGAACUUCAUGCUAGUGCCAAUAAACUAACUACCUUAAAGAAAGAACUACAGCUAAAGGAAGAAGAAUUUAAUAACAAAGUCAAACAACUAGAUGACCUCCAAAUAGAAAUAGCGGACUUGAAGAAUAAUAAUGAUCAGGAAAAGAAUGAGUUGAAACAAAAGUUAAGUGAUAAAGAUCAAAUUCUGAAUGAGAUGGAAGAAAAACUAAAGUAUUUUGAAAGCAAAGAUUCCGAUGAAAUUUCCUCAUUGAAGCAAGAUCUCGAAAAAGCCCAAGCUGACCUUUGUGAUAAGAAUGAACAAAUAAAGGAUCUAGAAUAUUCAUUAACAACUAAAGAGGCUCAUGUACAGCAAUUAAACAGCCAAGUCGAUGAAUUGUCGAAGGAAAAAGAUUCUGUGUUGCUUGAUCUCGAAAAUACGAGGAGAGAUUUAGACUCUUUGGCCGGGAAAACAGCUAAUAUCGAGUCCGAACAACUUGCAGAACUGGAAACACUCCAUCAGAACAUGUCUCAAAUGGAAAAAAGCCUGAAAGAGAACGUUUCUACCAUUAGUAGUCUAACGGCAGAGAUCAGAGAGAUGGAAAGCAAAUGUAAAUCACUAGAAUUGGAGAAUAAUGAUUUAAAAAAGCGUUUGAAAGCAAACGAAGAUAUCACAAAGGAAAAAUCUACAGAUACAGAAUCAUCUAAGGUUAAAGAACUAAUGGAAAAGAUUGCGCAGAUGGAGAAAACUAUUGCGGCAUCUGAAACAGAAACAAACAAGAAACUUCAGUUAUUGGCAGAAGAUCUAUAUAUUCAAUACUCUUCCAAACACGAACAGAAAGUUAAAAUGUUAAAGAAAGGCUAUGAAACUAGAUAUCAAGAUUUGAUAGACAAGCUUACUAUCGAGAACAAUGCAUUGCACGAUGAAGUUGGGCAACUACAAAAAACUGUGGAGACUGAGCGAGCUGAAAAACAAGAGUUGAUCAAAUCAUUAGAUGCCCAGAAUGAGUAA